AUGCACAAGAAUCAGCUCCAGGAGCUCGCGCAGCGCAGUGGGUACAACCUCCCGUCGUACGCGUGCAUACGCGAGGGCCCCGACCACGCGCCCAAGUUUAAAGCCACCGCCACGUUUAACGGCGAGACCUUCGACAGCCCGGGCUACUUCUCGUCGCUCCGGCAGGCGGAGCACGCGGCGGCGGAGGUCGCGCUGCGCGUCAUGUCGGAGCGCAGCCCGUCGCAAUGCAUCGCGAAAAUCCUCGACGAAUCCGGCGUUUGCAAGAAUCUUCUGCAGGAGACCGCGCAACGAGCCGGCGUGCCGCUGCCGGGGUAUAAUACGGUUCGAUCCGGUCCGGGGCAUCUGCCAGUGUUCACGUGCACGGUGGAGGUGGCGGGGUUACAGUUUACGGGGGAGCCCUCGCGCACGAAGAAGCAGGCGGAGAAAAACGCGGCGCUGGCGGCUUGGACUGCGUUAAAACGAUAUGCGGGUCGCAACUACACAGCUGUGAUCGAAGACCUCGACGUUACGGACGAACAGGAGCAGACCGCGAUCGCCCGCGCGCUCUCUAACGCGUACAACGCCAGCGCGAUCAAAUCGAGCCCCGCGGUGCUUGCGCCAGGCAUGGAUCUCGCCGCGCUCGCCGGCUUCUACGUUCCGAACGGCUGCCCCGCGCCCAAGGGCAUGGCUUCCGCUCCGCUCUACGCGCGGAACCGGACUUCCGCCUGCCCCCCGCAGGGGGCCACUACGCUGCAGGCCGGCGCUCCGCUCUAUGUUCCGCGCCAUGUCGGCGCGGGAAUGGCGGGGGUUCGAAUCCGGGAGGUGACGGUUCGCGAGAUGAGCGCGGAGCAGCAUCAUAUGCUUGUACCGGAGGAUUCGGUAAUGAGUAACUCGAUGAUGAAUAACUACGGCGCGAUGAUGCUAUCGCAGCAGAUGGCGCAGUUUCCGCGAAUGACGCAGUCCAGUCCGAUGGUUGACCCCGCGCCAACCGCCGCAGCUGCCGCUGGCGCGCCCGCUUACGUCCGCCGAACCGCGCCCGCCAUCGGCGCCGCCGCCGGUGCUGGGGGGAUCGGCGCUGGCCGCUUCGUCGGCGCGAGCGUACCAAAUUUCCCGACCCAGCAGCUUCUGUCGCAGGCUGUUCCGAACCUGCCAGGUUUGGGCCUUCCGCCGUCGGAUCAGCACGCGUUGGCGGCUGGUGUAGCCGGCGCCGGCGCUCAAUCUCACCGGCCGUCUAAUUUAACGUACAAGCCGGGCGCGGCUUACCAGCCGCGAACUCUCCGCCCUAUAGGCCAGGGGGUUUCUCCCGCUAGUAUGCUUCCCGAUAGUAUCACAGGUUCCGUGGGGGAAGAUGGUUUGGACGGGUUAGGUUUGGGGAUUUCGGUGGGAGGUGAGGGGGAGAGCUGGGCACGCGCACGCACGCUGGGGUCGCCCGCGGAGAUUUUGCGCAGCCCUGCGAGCAACGUGGAGGUUCCUGGUUCGUCGAUGUGGACCCCGCGCUCCUCGCCCUUCUGGCCAUCUUCCGCGGGCUCCGCCUCUGCGGCAUCUCGCGCGCUGAGCAGGUCCGUAUCUAGCACGAGCAUGGGGAGAGGGGCUUCCGCCCUUGGCGGAAUUGUGGGGGAGGAAGCGGGUUCGCUAGCUGGCAUUGGUGGAGAAAUCGCGGCGCGCCAGUGCCGCGCUGAGCUGGAGGAGGAGGACGUGUCAGCGGCGGAAGCAACCACCCGCCAGAUGCUGAACCAUUUGUGCUUGUAG